GAGACUAGAAAAUGAAGCUAAAGGAAAUUGAGCGAACAGCUGUCCAGGCAUGGAGUCCAGCAAACAACCACCCCAUUUAUCUAGCAACAGGAACAUCUGCCCAACAACUGGAUGCAUCCUUCAGUACAAAUGCCACCUUGGAAAUAUUCGAGGUUGACUUCAGGGAUCCCUCCCUGGACAUGAAGCAGAAAGGAACACUUCCUGCCUCAAACAGGUUUCAUAAGCUGAUCUGGGGUAACUUUGGAAAUGGGACCCCAGAGUCCUCCGGGGUGAUUGUUGGUGGAGGGGAUAAUGGUGUACUGACGAUGUACAGUGUGCACCACAUCUUGGCUUCAAAGAGCGAGCCUGUAAUUGGGCAGACAGAGAAGCAUUCAGGUCCUGUUCGAGCUCUUGACUUCAACCCUUUCCAGAGUAACCUCUUGGCUUCUGGAGCCAAUGAUUCUGAAAUUUUCAUCUGGGACUUGAAUAAUUUCAGUGUGCCCAUGACUCCAGGGGCUAAAUCACAGCCUCAUGAAGACAUCAGUGUGGUGUCCUGGAAUCGGCAGGUGCAGCAUAUCCUGUCCUCUGCCCACCCCAGCGGUAAGGCUGUGGUUUGGGACCUCAGGAAGAAUGAGCCUAUCAUCAAAGUCAGUGACCACAGCAACAGAAUGCAUUGCUCAGGAAUGGCCUGGCAUCCAGAAGUUGCAACCCAGCUAGUCCUUUCCUCUGAGGAUGACCGCUUGCCAGUGAUCCAAAUAUGGGACUUACGUUUUGCUACCUCUCCUUUGAGCCAGCUGGAAGGGCACACGAGGGGAGUUCUCUCUGUCUCUUGGUGCCAGGCUGACCCCGAGCUGCUGUUGAGUAGUGCCAAAGACAGUCGGAUCUUGUGCUGGAACCCAAGUGUGGGAGAGGUAGUUUAUGAGUUGCCCAUUCGGAGUCAGUGGUGCUUUGAUGUCCAGUGGUGUCCUAGAAAUCCUUCAGUCUUCUCUGCUGCCACUUUUGAUGGGUGGAUCAACGUUUAUUCUGUUAUGGGUGGGAACCUAGAAGCUCAGCAGAAGACACAGGCUGACAAGAUCUCUUCCUCCUUCAACAACCUGGAUCCCUUUGGCACAGGACAGAUCCUUCCUCCUCUGCAGGUGCCAGAGCAAGUAGCUCAGACCACCUUGAUUCCACCAUUAAAAAAGCCACCCAAGUGGAUUCGCAGACCUGUAGGGGUUUCAUUUGCAUUUGGAGGAAAACUUAUUUCCUUUGGUCUUACCAAAGCUCCUGGACAGCAAGUACAGCAGAAUUACCCACACCAGGUAUUCAUCAGUCAAGUCACUACUGAAACUGAAUUCCUGCUCCGAUCCAGAGAACUGCAGAUGGCCUUGCAGUCAGGGAACCUCCUUGAUUACUGCCAGGGCAAGAUCCAGACAGCCAAGUUGCCAUUUGAUGAGAGCCUUUGGAACUUCUUGAAGGUGAAUCUGGAGCAGGAAUCCAGGACUAAACUCCUCAAGCUGCUGGGCUACAGUAAGGAGGAUCUGCAAAAAAAGAUCACCUCAUGUUUGAGUAAUGGGAUCCCAGAUAAACAGCCCCUUCCUGAGGCAGAUGAGACAAAUGUCGCACAACCGGAUCAGCUUUUGAUAAAUUCCAGUGAUGAUGUAGCUGCUGUUUCCUCCUCUUCAGCCUUUUUUGACAACCUCAUCCCACAGAAUAUGAGCACAUUGGAGAUUCCUGUCACAGAAGAUAUGGAUGGACUCAUCAGCCAAGCCCUUUUGUUGGGGAAUUUUGAGGGCGCAGUGGAGCUGUGCAUGCGGGCAGAGCGCUUUGCUGAUGCCAUCAUCUUAGCUAUAGCUGGUGGGGAGAACCUCCUGAAGGAGACCCAGAAGCGCUAUUUUGCCAAGUGUAAGACAAAACUCUCCCUGCUGCUUUCCUCCAUUGUGCAGCAGAACUGGCAAGAUAUUGUUUGCACAUGUGAUCUACAGAGCUGGAAGGAGGCGCUGGCCAUCUUGUUAACAUACUCAAAGCAUGAGGACUAUACCCAGCUCUGUG